AGACCCCUUUUAGAAUUCGUCGCGAAGUAGCUGUUGAUCGUGGUUAAUGACUCACUAAAGUCGUGGACGAGUGGAUGUCAACGUCAACUCUUUGAACAGUCGUCCGUUGGUGUGUGCAUAAUUCAUAAAUCUUGUUCAUCGAAAAUAGGUUAUGUAUGUACGAACAAAAAAAAAGACAAUGCUCAUCGAACCGGAUGCAAGAAAAUGUCAUCAAGCGUCACUCUCGCUUCCUGUUGAGAUACCUUCGUGGGUGGUGUUGCUUUGAGUAUACGGUAAAGGCUUACUCAGGGCGGUUGUAAGCGGCGAAAAAUGCAAAAUCCGCAAUCAAUUGUACGGUGAUUUACGUGCCAGUGCCCUGGGCUGUCUGGGAAUCGAAUGGAACUUCUGGAGCCGUGGAUAUCGCUUACGUCCAUAACCUAAACGUGUAUAAUAUUUUUUGUCGAAAAUGAAGUCUGGACGCUUGAACGAGCACAGAGGGUCCAUCCUUCUGUCGAAGGAAGAAAACCAGGAAGUCUUCAAGCUCAUUGGAAACCGAUGUCAGUGCCUUGCAGCUGGUGUAAUACAACUAUAUGUAACUGAGCCUCCAUCGCAUAGGGAUUGGAUAAAAAGAGAUACUGGUGUAAUAACGCUUAUUAAAGAUAAUCCAAGACGCAGUUACUUUUUUAGACUGUAUUGUCUGCGAAGAAAUGCAAUGCUGUGGGAACAUGAAGUUUAUAAUUCAAUGGAUUACAAAGCUCCCAUGUCCCAUUUUCACACAUUUGAGGGCGAAGAUUCUAUGACUGCUUUUAACUUUGCCAGUGAAACAGAUGCAAUCAUAUUGAGGUCGAUAAUUCUUGAAAAGCUUAAUGCUAAGAGGCAAAGGAGACAAGAAAGAAAGUCACGAAUUAGUGCCGACUCUCAUCAUUCGCUAACUUUGCCAAAAAAGAGCCACAGCAAUACCUCAGCAGUAGGUUUCAGCACUGGAAGUUCGACAGACAUAUCAAAUGGAUCUUCAUCAUCCGCUACUGUUAAUAGAAGCGUGUCUAGCAGUUCGAUGUACAAAGCUAAAAAUCAUAAACAGGACAAGGAUCCAAAGAGGAGAUUGACAAAGGCGGACAUAGGUUCCCCCUCAAACUUUAGACAUGUGGCGCACAUGGGUUGGAAUGUAAACAGUAAAGGUUUAGAAUUGGAAUCCGUUGACCCGCAAUUAAAGCAGUUUUUCGAUACAGCAGGUGUUUCGGAUGAUCAGUUGAGAGAUCGAAAGACGCGAGAGUUCAUCUAUGACUUCAUCGAAUGCCAUGGGGGUAUAAAUGCAGUUAAAGCAGCUAUAGUACCAUCUUCGGGUAUACAAGGCAAUCAACCACCACCGCUGCCAGCACCAACAGGACUAGGACCUCCACCUCCAGUUCCAGCUCGUACUGUUCCAGUUAGUCCUGGACUUCCAAUAAGUAGUAAUCAACCACGAAACGCUCCACCUUUACCACCUUCAAGAACUCCUGCACCACCUCCACCACCUAAUGCCCCUCCUGCUCAUCGGCCUUUGCCGGCUCGUCCUGUUGCAUCCUCUGUGACAUCACCACCAUGUCCUCCACCACCACCUCCACCUCCAAUGUCCACAAAUAUACCUCCUCCUCCUGCACCUCCGGUGCCGCAAUUAACGGAGAUGGAUAAUGAGACAAUAAACAGUAAUGCCACUAAUAAUAAUGGUGGAUUACCUGAUACCAGGAAUGCUUUGCUCGAUGCAAUCAGAAGUGGUACAACGCUCAAGAAGGUGGACAAAGUUGAACCCAAGCCAAAUUUGGCUGACGAUACUAGAGGUAAUCUGUUGAGCCAGAUACGCCAGGGGAUCGAGUUGAAAUCGGUUGCAAAUCAGCCAAAAUCUGCUCCAUCUCCAAUCGUACAGAAUAGUUUAGCUGGAGCUCUAACUAGGGCCCUAGCAGAAAGAUCGCGUGUAAUACACAGUGAUAGUGACAGUGACGACUCAACAAGUGAGACCAGCGGUGAUGACUGGGAUGAUUGAAUAGUUACUUUGGUCUGUAAGACUAAAAAGGUAUUUGUAAAGAUCGAUGAUUUUACGUGCAGGUCCUACGAGUACCUGGCUUAUUGUUUAUUAGAUAAAAAAAAAUUGAAUAGUCUCUUUUUUUUUGAAGUGAUUAUAUUAGAUAUUUGAGAGCAAUGUAAGAAAUUUUUUUCUGGAAGGGUGCUGAGUGCUUGAAAAUUUAAGUAUGUUAGAGAGGUGCUUCUUUUUGAUACUGAUAUUCUUCGUAUCGAUUACAGUAUUUUUAAUAUAAAAAUAAAUUAAUUCUUGUGUUUCAUAGAGUAAACAUGUAAGUGAGUCCCUAAGUUUUAGAGAUGCUAAAAACGAGAUGUGAGUAUUAAUGGUCAAUUAUUUUAAUUACUUGGUGUAAUCUGGCACACAGCACCCUUUUUCAGCUGGAGUAUGGUUCAGGAAUGGAAUAAAGUAAAACUACUGCGCACCAAUGGUUUGCAGUCUCAUGCAUAGGAAUUAAUUUAUUGUAUUUUUAAGCUAGAAUAUAACAGGUUCGUUAUAUUUAAAAUUGACUAUUUGAAUUGAAAUACGAAACGUUGUGCAUGCUUAAAUACAUUUUGAAUAUUUCCUAAAGUCUGACUAUAGUGAUAAGAUAUUCAAUAUGGCGUGGUUAUAAAAAUACUUCCUUUCCUGUACUUUCAAUACAUGAUGUAU